ACGAAUCGGCUUUCCAUUGCUACUGUAGUAGGGCACGCAGCAACACUAACUUCACAAGACAUGAAACACCCGUGACAUUUACCUGUGCAAAAACCAUAGGAUAUUCAUUAAUGUAAUGUAGUGUGUCAAACAUUAAAACCUUAUAAUAUCCUGCAUAUUCCGACAGCAUAAAAAGUGUUUGAAAUGGUUUCGUACAAGAGACUCACCCCUGAGGAGGUUAAUUUCUCUGGAGCUGCGUUAUUGGAUCCUGAUGAGUCAACAGACACAGAUGGGAAGGAAGUAGGCCCAGAACAGCCCCUGCUGCCCCAGAGCCCUCGCUGCUCCAUCACCGUUGCCCUGCUGACCCUUGGAGGACUUAUUGUGGUUCUCUCUGGUGUUUGGAUGCUUGGGACCAUAUUUUGGUUUCAUAAUCCACCCUCCACAGAACCCCAUAGACUCCCUCCACCUGCUGUGGCUAAAAGCCCAAACGGGACGUGGCUACAACCACAAUCCUGCUUGAAGAUUCCAGAAGCUUGGAGGUUUGACUGUUAUCCUGAGAGAGGCGUGGUGGUCACAGAGGAGAUGUGCCGUGCUCGAAACUGCUGCUUCAUACAGCAGUCACAGGCUAAGACAUCCGGACGGAAUGGAGUGCCGUGGUGUUUCUACACACCUGACUAUCCAUCCUAUGAGUUGGUGUCCAUUAUUGACACCGAGAUGGGGAAAGUGGGAAAACUGCUCCGGAACAGUAAGACAUAUUAUCCAAAAGACAUAGAUGCACUGCAGCUGGAAGUGUUGUUUGAGGAAGACAACAGACUGCGUGUGAAGAUAACAGACCCAAAUGAAAAGAGGUACGAGGUGCCUAUAGAUGUUCCUGUGGUUCAGAAAAGAGCAUCAAAUCCUUCUUACACCGUAGACUUCAUCAAAGAACCUUUCGGGCUGAUUGUCAAGAGAACGCAGACAGGAACUGUGCUGCUGAAUACAUCCAUAGCUCCUCUCUUCUAUGCGGAUCAGUUCCUGCAGAUGUCCACAUCAUUACCGUCACGUUUCAUAUAUGGACUGGGUGAACAUCGCUCCAACUUUCUGCAUGAUGUCCAGUGGAACACUCUCACCAUGUGGGCUCGAGAUGUUCCACCCAUGGAGCUGACCAACCUCUAUGGCGUCCAUCCCUUUUAUCUUUCUGUGGAAUCUGAUGGAAUGGCACAUGGGUUUUUCAUGCUCAACAGCAAUGCAAUGGAUGUGGCUCUGCAGCCUGCACCUGCUCUCACCUGGCGUAUGAUUGGUGGGAUCCUCGACUUUUACGUUUUCCUAGGCCCGGAUCCUAUCUCUGUGAUUGGACAGUACCUGGAUGUUGUAGGUAAGCCUGCAAUGCCCAUCUACUGGGCUCUGGGCUAUCAUCUCUGCCGAUGGGGCUACAAGUCUAGCAACAAAACCUGGAAUGUUGUGAGAGAAAUGCGGAAUUAUGGGAUACCUCAGGACGUUCAGUGGAAUGACAUUGACUACAUGGAUCGUGCUCUAGACUUCACUUAUGAGCCUAUGAACUUUUCCACCCUACCUGACCUCGUGAAAGACCUUCACAGACAUGAUCAACACUACGUCAUGAUUCUGGAUCCUGGCAUCAGUAGCUCUCAGCCGUCUGGCUCCUACUGGCCGUUUGAGGAAGGAAAGAAGAGAGGGAUUUUCAUCAAUGACUCGAAUGGAGACGUCCUUAUUGGGAAGGUUUGGCCAGGUCUCACUGCUUUUCCAGAUUUCUCCAAUCCAGACACACAUGAAUGGUGGUACCAGAAUCUGCAGAGGUUCCAUGACAAAGUGGCAUUUGAUGGCGUGUGGAUUGACAUGAAUGAGCCGUCUAAUUUCUUAGAUGGAUCACUGAAUGGUUGUCCAGAGAAUGAACUGGAAAAUCCUCCCUACACCCCAGGUAUUCUGGGUGGUACAUUAAAGGCCAAGACUGUGUGUGCAUCUGCACGUCAGAAAAUCUCCUCUCACUACAACAUACACAGUCUGUAUGGACUCAUGGAAGCUAAGGCCACUGAAAGUGCUUUGAGGAAGAUCACAGGGAAGCGUCCCUUCAUCAUUUCCCGAUCUACGUUUCCCAGUCAGGGCAGGUAUUCGGGCCAUUGGCUCGGAGACAACAGGAGUCAAUGGAAAGAUCUGGCCACAUCUAUACCAGGUAUGCUGACAUUUAACAUCCUGGGCAUUCCCCUUAUUGGUGCAGACAUCUGUGGCUUUGGGGGCAGCACUACAGAAGAACUGUGUGUCCGAUGGACCCAGCUCGGAGCUUUCUACCCUUUUUCAAGAAACCACAACUCCUUAGAUGAACAGGAUCAGGAACCAACUGCAUUCAGCCCUGCAGCUCGUACAGCAAUGAAAGAAGCCAUCCUUCUCCGUUACUCCCUGUUCCCAUAUCUCUACACACUCUUCCAUCACGCACACAUCAGUGGACACACGGUCGCCACACCACUGCUCUUUCAGUUCCCUACUGAUGAGAAGACAUAUGGGAUAGAUAAACAGUUCCUAUGGGGAAAGAGUUUGCUGGUUACACCGGUUUUGGAGUCAGGACAAGAUUAUGUUGUGGGAUAUUUCCCUAAAGGUCUCUGGUACGAUUUCCACACUGGUGAUUCAUUGGUAAGCAGAGGAGAAGAGAUCAAACUUCAGGCUCCAAUGGACAAAAUCAACCUGCAUCUCAGAGAGGGAUCCAUCAUACCUACACAGAGACCGAACACCACCCUGUGGGUGAGCAGCGGUCAGCCUCUUCAUCUGAUUGCAAGUCUGAGUGAGGACGGUCUGGCCAAGGGUGAUUUGUAUUGGGAUGACGGAGAGACCCUUGACUCAUAUGAGACUGAUCAGUACGCUUACAUCUAUUUCACAGUAGAAAAGAACACAAUGACAUCAGAGGUGCUGCAUAAUCAUGAGGAGGCUACUUACAUCACAGUGGAAACUGUUUCCUUUUAUGGGGUGAAGGCGGAGCCAGAAAAUGUAACAGUGAAUUCACAAGAGGCCUCGUUCACUUACCGUGACAAUCAGGUGCUGACAGUAACAGACUUGGGUCUGAACCUCAGUCAUAACUUCACAAUCAGUUGGAUGUAAACGUGAAUCAUCAGUGCUCUUUCUGAAUUGCUAAUUGCUGCUGAAAUUAUGAUCUUAACAUCUCAACUGACAUUAUCUCAGUACGUGGACAGUGGUGGUUCUGGUUCCAGCCUGAAAUCAAAUAUGAACCAGAAAGGAUAUGACAGAUUAUUGAUUGUAUGUUAAAUUUCUCAUGCGCACUUUAAGUGUACUCUUUAUUAUUGACCCAGCGGUGGUCAGUUGCACUCAGAGGAAGCAAAACCGAAGGGAAGAAUUCUGUGUAUUUUGUUUGAUCUGUUGAAUGGAUAGAUAUUUUUACCUAUAAUGUUAUAUUACUGCCUGUUAUUGCUGAGAUUGUUUCUAGAGCAGAUUAUUCUACUGUUUUAAACCUUUUAGUUGUGAAUAAAGUCUGUCAUCUUAAAGUUGGCCAUGCCAUCAAAACCUAUAGUUCAAAAUGAAUUUGAGCAUCUAAAUAUUUUUGUAUUGAUUCAAUGGACCAACAGAGCAAAACAAAAACAACUGCAAAUUCAAAAGUGAUCCUGCUGAACUCAUAACCUUUCCGAUUUUCCCAAAUUAUGUUACUAUUAUUUUGAAUCGCAUGUGUAUAUAUUGUUUACAGGCAUGUUUGCACAGUUCAGGACAUUCUGAUGCUGAAGAAAUGCAUGUUUAAGCUUUAGUUUGCAAACAUUAUUUCCAUGUACUGACAGGCUUGUAAUUAACAUGAUCCAGUAUGUUCAGCAAUAGAAACAUAUGAAUCAUUCUAAAAUGUAAAACCAUGAAAAUAUUAUGGAAGUAAAUCACUGUAAAGUAUUCAUCAAGGCUUAAAGAGGCAUAAUUGUGCAGUAUUAUGUAAAUUGCUACCACAUGCUGUCGAUAUUACCAUUUAUAGCAUAACAUUGUGCCUUAUAUUUCAUCAAAGCUGUGAUUCAACAUUCAGUGGCUUUACUGUGAAUGUAUAAAACCCUCUGUUCGAAAACACUGGGCUGCUUUACAACUUAUCAAAAUGUAACAAAAAAGUUCGAAUAUAGACGUGUGCUCCUAAAACGGAAGCUAAAACGAGCCUAUUUAAGGCUUCUUCUCUUUAAAUGACCCUGAACAAACUGCUGUACAGAGUUUCAGAGGACAUACAGGGUAGUGUGCAAUAAAAAUUCAAAGUGUU